AUGGGCAACAUUAAUAAAGAAACAUCCAACUAUCAAAUAAUGGGUAGAGAAACUAAAAAUGAUAUUGAAACGACCGAAAAAUCUGCUAACGGUGACAAUGUUGAUGAUGAAAUUAAAAAGAAAAAGAAAACUAAAAAACAUAAGAAAAGAAAAAGGACAACUGGAACUGAAGAUGAAGUUGACUUAAAAAAAAAGAAAAAGAGUAAAAAAGAAAGACGUAAAAGUCCUAAGCAGGAAAGUGAAACAUCUCUUUCUGAUGUAGAGGAUCUAAUAACUAAAUCGCGAAAUUGGGCUCCUGUUGAUAAGAAAUCAUCUCAUACAACACCAAUUACUAGUAAAGAUAGUCCAUAUAGAGAUAAAACUUCGAAAACUAAAAAUGGUGAUUCCAUAGGGAAAUCGUAUAGUGAUGCUAACAGUAAAAAAAAAAUUAAGUUGGACAAAGCUGAUUCUUUAGAAAUAAUAUCAUCAAAUUCAGAAACAGAAAAUUAUCAAGAAGAUUGUGCAAGUCCAGAACUAGCUAUGAUAGAAGAUGAUCUUAAUCUCGAAGAGUUAAUGAAGCAAAAGGAACUAUUACAAGCUCGUCUAGUGGCUUAUUUUUCUGACAAAAGUGAUGAUGAAAGAGGAACCUCUAAAGAAGAUGUUGGUAAUGAAGUUGUUUUCCAACGUAAUGUAGGGAACAAAUCAAAUACUCCGAAAAAAACACGAAAGGAACGGGAAUACGAUGAGAAACGAAGUAGUAAACAAAAAUCAAGUAACGAUCGUUUAUCUGAACGAGACAAAUAUCGUUCAAGGCGUCAAGAAGACUUGAGGGAGAUAAUUAAGAGAGAAAGUAGAAGAGUCAUCGAAAAGAAAAUACAAGAAAAAGAAUAUCGAGAUCGAAAAGAACGUCGUAAACUAGAAGAUAGGGAAAGAGAACGAGAGAGAGAGCGGGAAAGGAAACGAGAGCGUGAGAGGGAGAGAGAACGUGAUCGUGAAAGGGAGCGAAGAUCUUUGGAACGUAAAAGAAAAGAUAGAGAGAGAGAUAGAAGUCACCGUCGAUCCAGAGAGAGAUCACCGUUCUCUCGUCGGGAGCAAAGGUAUUCCGAAAGAGAUCGUCGGUCUCGAGAUCGUAGUCGUGACCGUUACAGGGCACGUUCAAAGAACAAUACUUCCAAAGUAGACUACAGGGACAGGUAUAAGACAUCCACAGGUGAAAAGUCGCAAUUUGUUGCUAGUUCAAGUGAUGAGGAACUAAACAUAUCUAUAAACACUGAUGAAGAGGAAGAAUCUGAAGAACAAAUAAUAGAACGGAGAAGAAAACAACGUGAACAGCUUAUGAAGAGAUUGGGUAUGGGUGGUAAGGUGAAGUCUGACACUGGCAAGCUUACACCACCUACAGUAGAAAUUAAGCAAAGCCCGGAGAAAGUUGAAUCCAUAGUGAACCCUCCCAUAGAAGUUAGUGCUACGCCCGUAUUUGCUAAACCCAAGAUUACCGUCGACACUGAAACAGAAGGGAGUGAGCUAGGAAAUAAUUCUGAUACUGAAACUGCAAAAUUGGAAAACCCUACCAAAGGUGAAUGGGACAUGUUUGCAGAUCAGGAUAAUUUUGAUAAUGUCGAUACUCCAACAGCUGGAAAAUUCAAGAACAAAAACACAUUAGAAAACCCUUCACUAACCGACAACUGGGACGACGCAGAGGGUUACUAUAGAGUCCGUAUUGGUGAGACACUUGACAAUAGGUACUCAGUGUAUGGAUAUACUGGUCAAGGGGUGUUCUCUAAUGUUGUUCGUGCAAGAGAUUUAGCCAGAGGCAGCACCGAUGUGGCUGUUAAAAUUAUCAGGAACAAUGAAAUUAUGCACAAGACAGGUCUAAGAGAGCUUGAAAUUUUAAAGAAAUUAAAUGAUUCUGACCCUGAUGAUAAGUACCAUUGUCUCCGUUUAUUUCGCCAUUUCUUUCAUAAACGGCAUUUGUGUAUGGUAUUGGAGCCGCUAUCUAUGAAUUUGAGAGAAGUAUUGAAGAAGUAUGGAAAGAACAGUGGUAUUCAUAUUAAAGCAGUGCGAAGCUAUACACAGCAAAUAUUAUUAGCAUUAAAAUUGCUUAAAAAAACUGGAAUCUUGCAUGCUGACAUCAAACCUGAUAAUAUACUUGUCAAUGAGAGCAAAUUAGUUUUAAAAUUAUGUGACUUUGGAGCAGCAUCACACAUUGCUGAUAAUGAAAUUACACCAUAUCUUGUUUCAAGAUUUUACCGAGCCCCUGAGAUUAUUUUAGGGGUGCCAUAUGACUUUGGUAUUGAUAUGUGGUCUACAGCUUGCACAAUAUAUGAGCUGUCCACAGGAAAAAUAAUGUUUAGUGGAAAAUCUAACAAUGAAAUGCUGAAAUAUUUUAUGGACUUUAAGGGAAAGAUUCCAAAUAAGAUAAUAAAGAAAGGUCAUUUUAAAGAGCAGCAUUUUGAUGCAAAUUGUAACUUUUUAUAUCAUGAACUUGACAGAAUUACUGAGAGGGAAAAAGUUGUCAUAAUGUCAAGUAUUAAACCAUCACGAGACUUACAAAUGGAAUUGGCGCCACCACAUCACCGCCUUCCCCCAACAGAAGCUAAGAAGAUUUUGCAAUUAAAAGAUCUUCUCGAAAGAAUGCUUAUGAUAGACCCAACUAAGCGAGCUUCUGUAAACCACUGCCUCACGCAUCCUUUCAUUCAGGAGAAGAUU